AUCCCUCCCAGGCCUCCAGGCGUGGACCCAGCCGCCUUUCAUGCGAGCCAGUUCGACAACUUCGACGCUAUAGCGGAAAAAUAUGGCUUUGACGACUUGAAUCCUGCUGUUCAGCACGCCCCAGUGUUUCUGUACGCUAGAACUGACCCGACCAUGGACCCAUGCUAUCCAGAGGGUGCGUUAAAUCAUGGAAGUUGUGGGAACGCUUAUUCUAAAGGGGGUAGCUUCCCAGUCUACGUGAGCGCAGCUUACUGCCCAGAUAAAGAAGGCCAUUCUUCUGAGGGAGAGUGGAGAAUCAACUACGACGUGUAUUAUGUGCACGAU